AGGAGCCAUGGGGCGCCGGGUCUGGGUGUCUGGCCCCUACCUGCUGCCCUUGCUCUCCCUGAUGCUCCUGCUACCACCUCUGAAGGCCCAGCCCCAGGCCAGCAGGAACCAGACUGAGGAACCGGAACCCAACAGCACAGUGACCAUUGGGACGCCAGGGCCCCCCAUGACCUCUGCGAACCCUAGGACUCCAGCCACCAGCACUGCAGAGGCAGAGGGACCCCAAGAUGUGGAGCACACCCCCCUGACCCGAGUGGCUCCCUCAAGCAGCAGCCCUGGGGGUGCAGCAGUGCUCACGGAGGAUGGGCAGCUCUGCCGGUUCCCCUUCCGCUACGGUGGCCACAUGUUCCAUUCCUGCACGACGGAGGGCAGUGCCCACAGGAAGUGGUGUGCCACCACCCACAACUACGACCGUGACCACAGCUGGGGCUACUGUGCACAGCCUCCCACGCCCCAGGGGGGGCCAGCAGCCCCCGACCCCUGCGCCUCCAGCCCCUGCCUCAAUGGGGGCUCCUGCUCCUCCACCCCGGAACUGGGGUCCUACCAGUGUGCCUGCCCCGCAGCCUUCACAGGCUGGGACUGCGGCACGGAGAAAUGCUUCGACGACUCGCGCCACGAGUACCUGGACGAUGGGGAGCGCUGGGCCCGCGCGAAGGGGGGCCGCGUGGAGCAGUGCGAGUGCGCGGGGGGCCGGGCCCUCUGCCGCGACACGGAGCACGCAGAGUGCCCGGACAGUCCCUGCCUGCACGGGGGCACCUGCCACCUGAUCCUGGCCACCGGGGCGACCGUCUGCUCCUGUCCCCCGGGCCGCGCCGGACGGCUCUGCAACAUCGAGCCCGCCCAGCGCUGCUUCCUGGGCAACGGCACCGACUACCGUGGCGUGGCGGGCACCGCCGCCUCGGGCCUCAGCUGCCUGGCCUGGAACUCGGACCUGCUGUACCAGGAGCUGCACGUGGACUCGGUGGGCGCCGCCGAGCUGCUGGGCCUGGGCCCGCACGCCUACUGCCGGAACCCGGACCUGGACGAGCGGCCGUGGUGCUACGUGGUGAAGGACAGCGCCCUCUCGUGGGAGUACUGCCGCCUGGCGGCCUGCGAAUCGCUGGCCAGAAACCAGCUCCCGACGCAGGUCCUGCUGAGUCUGGGAGCGGCGGCGCCCCCCGCGCCCCGCCAGACCUGCGGCAAGAGGCACCGGAAGCGGAGCUUCCUGCGGCCGCGCAUCAUCGGCGGCUCGUCCGCGCUGCCCGGCUCCCACCCCUGGCUGGCCGCCGUCUACGUCGGGGACAGCUUCUGCGCGGGAAGCCUGGUGCACAGCUGCUGGGUGGUCUCGGCCGCCCACUGCUUCUCCAGCAGCCCCCCCAGGGACAGCAUCUCGGUGGUGCUGGGCCAGCACUUCUUCAACCGCACCACGGACGUGACGCAGAAGUUCGCCGUGGAGAAGUAUAUCCCCUACCCCUUGUACUCCGUGUUCAACCCCAGUGACCACGACCUGGUUCUGAUCCGGCUGCGGAAGAACGGGACCCGUUGUGCCGUGCGCUCCCAGUUCGUCCAGCCCAUCUGCCUGCCCGAGCCGGACAGCCCCUUCCCUCCGGGACACCGGUGCCAGAUAGCAGGCUGGGGUCACCAGGACGAGAAUGUGAACGGCUACUCCAGCUCCCUCAGGGAGGCGCUGGUGCCCCUGGUGGCUGACCACAAGUGCAGCAGCCCCGAGGUGUAUGGCGCGGACAUCAGCCCCAACAUGCUGUGUGCUGGCUACUUCGACUGUAAGGCGGACGCCUGCCAGGGGGACUCGGGUGGGCCCCUGGCCUGUGAGAAGAAUGGGGUGUCCUUCCUGUAUGGCAUUAUCAGCUGGGGGGAAGGCUGUGGACGCCUCAACAAGCCUGGUGUCUACACCCGCGUCACCAAUUACGUGGGCUGGAUCAACGACCGGAUCCGGCCCCCCAAGCGUCCUGCGAAUCCUGCCUGAGGUUCCCCCAUUUCUGCCCCUGCCACGCACGCAGCAAUAAAGGGGUUUGCCGAG